AUGCAUGUUGCUCACAAGGUGGGUUUGGAUCUAAUGAAACACAUGCUCAUUAAAGUUGACGGAAAGGAACUGACAAAAGCCGACAUUGAGAUCGCACAAGAAUGCUGCAGUAAGUUUGAUAACUUUGAAAUGGUACCAAAGAUGGAGAACUGGAAAGAUCACGUCGAUAUCGACAAAAUGUUGAAAAAGGCCAUCGACGAGUGCCUUGCCAACGGAAACGUUUCCGAGGAAACCUGGAGGAGUCUUAGCAGUCAACCCAGAGUCAGGGAAAUAGUCAUGUGCCUGAAGAAAGACUACUGGCCUCCGGUAGUGUCGCAACGAGUGCAAGUUCUGAAGCAGAUUGCCAAUCCCAGCAAUCCUGCCCAAAACCUAUGGGAUAUCUGACUUAUUUUUUACGCUUUACUUCGUGUAAGAACACGAAAUAAACUUUUCUUGUAGAUAUCUUUUAUUUGUCCAUUGUAGUUAUUUACCCCUGUUUUUACUUAUAAUAUAAACCUGUUUACUUUUUUAUGACUUGGAAGUCACCCAGUAUUAUACAUCAUAGCUUGUA